AUGGCAUCCGACAGAGACUACAUCCUCUCCCUCCAGGCCGUGCGGGCACAGGCAUCCGUCGUCCUCGCCGCCGCCAAAGAAGGCGGUCUGAACCACUUCAACUUCGAUGCUGCCAAAAUGGACGAUGCCGCCAAGUAUGUCGUCGGGCUGAUCGAGCGCGACUUUGGGCCGGACAGGUUCGACCAGAUCCCCCCUCACGGCCGCUGGCAGCAUUUCGAGAUUGGUGGCGUGCCCCGCGUCAGUUCGCUCAUCAAGGGCUGGGCUGACGAGGGUGUCGACAAUGUCGAGAUCACCCGCCGCCUCAUUGAUCUCUUCUUUGUCUCGGUUCUUCUCGACGCCGGUGCUGGUGACGUCUGGAGCUUCAAGGAGCCAGGCACCGACCAGAGCUACGUCCGCAGCGAAGGCAUCGCCGUCGCCUCCCUGUACAUGUUUCUCGCCGGCGAGUUCUCUUCGGGCGCCAUCUCCAAGACUUCCGUUGAUGCAAAGGGAUUGAUAUCUCUCCAAGAGUCCGUCUUCUCCAAGUCCUUCCAGAUCUCCGAAUCAAACCCAAUGGUAGGAGUGUCAUCCAGAAUCGAACUGCUCCAGUCAGUCGGGCGGUCUUUGGCAUCGCUUCCAGAGAUCUUUGGAGAAGCUGGACGACCUGGGAAGCUUGUCGAUUACCUGAUUGCUCAGGCUGGAGACAAGAAAGCUCUUGAUUAUGAGACCUUGUGGUCCUGCCUGCAGAAGCUUCUCAUUCCAUCCUGGCCCAGCGACCGCACUGUUGUGGACGGCAAGCCUGUGGGAGACGCCUGGCCGCUCGCUAUUCUUACUGCCAAGGCCAUCAAGGAGGGCAACUCGAGCUCCAGGAGCCUGAUCCAGCCCUUCCACAAGCUGACCCAGUGGCUCGGCUACUCACUUGUGGUACCCUUCACGCGCCAGCUUGGUUACAGCUGGGAUAAUCUCACCCUUGGCACCGGAUUGCCCGAAUACCGCAACGGUGGAUUGUUCGUCGAUCUCGAGGUACUCACUCUCAAGGACGACGACCUGAAGGAGGGCGUCGCGGCUUCUGGAGAGGCUCUGCCUAAAUUCGACGCCUCCUCCGACGUUAUUGUCGAGUGGCGAGCGAUGACGGUGGCACUCCUGGAUGAACUACACAAGAUUGUAUCCAAGACUUUUGAAGCACGCGGGGUCAGUUUGAGCAUGGCCCAAAUGCUCGAGGCUGGUACAUGGAAGUCUGGCCGGGAGCUGGCAGCCAGUCUGCGGCCAAACACCAAGUCGAGCCCCAUCCUGGUGGUCAGUGACGGAACGCUGUAUUAG